AUGAAGCGGCGUCGACGCGAAAAGGAGGACAUGGGACCAGCAGCCGCUGCACUGUCUCGGCGUUCUGUGUUUCGUGAUGCUCGCGCUUCGCAAGCGCAGCUCACUGCAGCGCAGCUGAUUGCAGAUGCUCAAGAGAUGCAGCGUGGGGCCGGUCCCGUCAACGAUAGUACAAGGGUAGUGAUUAACAGCAGAGAGGAACUUGCUCUUUAUCGCCAAAAGACGCGAGCUGAACUAGAGGAACGAGUGAAGCGUGGCUACACUUUUCUUGGUAACUGGGUGAAGUACGCUCGUUGGGAAGCACAGCAAAAGGAUUUUGAGCGCAUGCGUAGCAUCUUGGAGCGCGCUGUUAAGUUCCACGGGACCGACCCUAUGCUGUGGCGUGACUACGCCGAGUUGGAAGAGGAGCACGGAUUUGUCAACCACGCGCGGGCGGUGUGGGACCGCGGGGUGACCGCGUUACCUGCCGCCACGGAUCUUUGGUUGAAAUACCUUGUACUUGAACAAGCUGCUGGACAAGAAAACAGAGCGCGUGACGUAUUUAACCGUUGGCUUUCUGGUACUACCCCGCCCACGUGCGCUUGGGAGUUGUAUGCUCUCUUUGAGGCGCAAUGCCAAAGGGCGGACGCGUGUAGAAGCGCUAUUCGUCGCUACGUUGAAGCGCAUGGUACGGUGGAGACGUGGUUGUUUUAUGGUGCCACCGAGUUGAGUGUGCUUGGAAACGUGGAACGCGCGGUCAAGGUGUACGAAACGGCGAUGGAAUCCCUUCCGAAGUCCUACACAAAUGGUGAAAUUGAUUGUAGGAUUCCACUUGCAUGGGCAGAUGCUCUUACGGUGGCGAAGAAAUACGAGGAAGCACGUCGUGUGUAUCACCGCAUGCUGCAGGAGUGUGCCUCAGUCAGUGCACUGGAUAAUAUUUUUGCAGCAUACAGCCACUUUGAGCGGCUUUAUGGGGACAACAAAAACUGUGAGGCCGUGGCGGUUUUGGUUGCUAAGGCGAUGUAUAAACAACGUAUUAUUCGAAACCCCUAUGACUUUGAUGCGUACGUGUCACAGUAUCUUAUACUGCGAGACACAGUCCAGCAUAGCAAUGAGGAUAACGCAAAAAACGAGAGUGCAAGUGAAGAGGCGUUGAUGUGCCUUACCUCUGCAGUGCGUACCGACGUUUAUGGAAGCAAGGACCCAACAGCAGUGCAACGACAGGCCGUUAUUGUGAUGGAGUACGCACGUUUCAUGGAGGGGCGAGACCUUACUGCGGCACGUGGAGCUCUGGCGAGUUGUAUUAGAAACUUUCCCUUUCAGAAGGCGUGGUGCCCUCGUCUCUGGGUAGAGGCAGCCGCGCUUGAGCAGCGUCAUGGAUCAUAUUCACAGGCUCGUAGGCUUUUAGGGGCUGCACUGAAUCUCUCAGCAUGUCCGGAGGUAUUUACCGCGGCAUUGCGGCUUGAAGAGGAAGCUUGCGCAGCUGGUGAGUUGAACCGUGAGGAUCGUGUGCAGCGGAGUCGGACCAUUUUCGAGACCGCAAUUAAGCAAUUCCCACAUGAUUUCACCCUCUGGGAGGGAUAUGCCAAGAUGGAAGAGAAGGAGGAGCAGUUUCAUCGUUCCGACGCGCUGCGAGCCGCGUGCAUUCAGUGUCUGUCCGCGGCAGCACGGGCGUCGUCGUCGAUGGCGGAUCGUUACAGAAUGUUAGAAAAGGUGGAUCAAGCGUGGGCCAAACGUUUGGCUUUGAAGCGUCGACUUUUGCGCGGUAUACAGAAGGUGCCUCAAGAUGUUGGUUCGGGCAAUGACGAAGCGACAAAAAGAGAGAAAAAUGCGCUUCUGCAGCUCUACCGUGAGCUGUUGGACUCGGUAUGGGAGGAGUACACGUACGAGGCUCUUCGAUGGAAGAGCAAGACCACGGCGACGGGAGGGAUUCUUUCUCCGCCCCCCGAACGCAUGCCGGAAGUCUUGGCGCCUGCCGUCGCACGCUGGGGUGAUGCAGUGGGAGCUGUUGCAAAUUUUGUUCUUGUGGCCACGCAACGCACGGGAGAAUACGAGGCGUCCUCUGUAGAUUGGAUGCGCACUGUCUUCCGUGAGAUGCUGGAGCGGGAGCGGCCUGAGCUUCUUCGAAAGCUGGGAGGAUUUGAUGAUAAUGCAAGCUACGAAGCGGUGCAGCAGGUAAAGCUGUGGGGAGGAUUCCUUGUGUCUCCCAUUGUGACGGAGUGGAGACGGUUUGAGGCGACAUACGCCACCCCGGCGGCACUGGAGGCUGUUCAGGCGUUCAUGAGGCCGGCUAAGCGCCGCACUCGUCUUUUUGUUGGGCGGAGAGCGUAA